UCACGUUCCAUUUUUACUGUGUGUGCAUUGGGGGGUUCUGUGCCCUUUGCAAACCUGGCGCUUGUGUGUUAUUAUGCUUUGAGACGUGCACGCAAACCAAACUUUCUGUCGGACACCUACUACCAGCUCCCCCUAUAAUUCAGUUUCAAUCCCUGGACAUUGUAAACACCUUCAAUUUAUCAGUAGUUUUUUUCUUUUGUGUGUUAACCACCUUUACGCCGUGGGUUUACUUUCAAGCCACGAAAAAUGUCGGGAAAAGGCGUUUCAAUCGACCUGGUCUCAUAAGUUAUGACGCCAAUGACGCGCAAUGUGAGAGGAACUCACUGAACUUGCCUAGAGGAGGACGGUCCCAUUGCAUCCCCCUUCUGAACUGAUUUAUGUAAUAGUGUCCUCCUCCAGUUAUUGAAGAGAAAACUAGUGGCUGGACCACUGAUACUGUACUCUACCCAGCACCUGUGAGAACCCCCACCCCUAGUGCCACCAUGCAGACCUCCUCUCUACGUCGGCAGAUGAAAAACAUGGUCAACAACUACUCCGAGGCGGAGAUCAAGGUACGAGAGGCCACCUCGAACGACCCCUGGGGCCCCCCUAGCUCGCUCAUGUCGGAAAUUUCCGACCUCACCUUCAACGUGGUGGCCUUCACCGAGGUGAUGGGAAUGAUCUGGAAGCGCCUCAACGACCACGGCAAGAACUGGCGCCAUGUCUACAAGGCCCUGACGCUGCUGGAUUACCUGAUCAAGACGGGCUCGGAGCGCGUGGCCCAGCAGUGCCGGGAGAACAUCUUCACCAUCCAGACCCUGAGAGACUUCCAGUUCACUGACCGGGAUGGCCGUGACCAGGGGGUCAACGUGAGGGAGAAGGCCAAGCAGCUGGUCACCUUGAUGAGGGACGACGACAAGCUGAAGCAGGAGAGGACCCAGGCCUUGAAAACCAAGGAGAGAAUGGCAGGAGCUGCAGCUGGGAUGGGCUCUGGUUCUCUGCCACCCCCGUACCCAGGCCGCCGCACCAGCCAGCCCAGCAUGGCAGCUCUGUAUGGGGAUGAGUUUGGCAGGUCCAGAGGGUCACCCUCCUCCUUCAACUCCUCCUCCUCUUCUCCUCAUGUAGCCUCCGACCUGGAGCAGGCCCGCCCCCAGACCAGCGGGGAGGAGGAGCUACAGCUGCAGCUGGCCUUGGCCAUGAGCCGAGAAGAGACUGAAAAGCCGCCUCCCCCUCCCGUGGAUAUUGACGAGCAGACCCAGCUCCAGAUCGCUAUGAGCCUCAGCAAGGAGGAGGCCCAGAAGACGCCCUCACAGCCCGCCCCUCGCCCUCCGGUUGCCUUGGAAAUGGAUGAAGACGCGCAGCUCCAGAUAGCUCUGAGCCUGAGCAAAGAGGAGCACCAGCAGGAGCAACGGAGUCGCCAGGGAGACGAGUCGUUGCUCCAGAAAGCUCUUGAGGAGAGCAAGAGAGAGAUGCAGCCCACUGAAGGCGGGUCGGCCAUGAAGGACCUUGUAGAUGUUUUUGCGGUGGCCUCUGAAGCGUCCCCUCGUCACCCAAACUGGGACCUAUCCGGAGGGGCCGCCCGUCUGGCCAGCUCGGACCCCUGGGACACCCUGGUGGAUGCACGCUCCUCUGCCCCGGGGAUAGAAAUACCCUGGAUGGCACCUCCGGCCUCCAGCAGCCCUGUUCCUCCCUGGGAGCGCGCACGGUCCCCUCCGGACCCAUGGGAGGCCCCGCACGGUGCACCCAGCCCCAAACCCAACCUCGGCUCUGCCUCCAGCACCCAACCCUGGGCCUCCCCUGCCAACACAGGUGCGUCGGCUGGAGAUCCCUUCACUGGUAUGGCAGCUAAAGUCCCUUCUCGACCUGGGAGCCCCUCGGACGGAGACCUGUUUGAUGAGGCCAUGGACGGGGGUCAAGUGAACAUGAACGGGCGAGGUGGGGGCAGUCCAGAGAUCUUUGACCUGUCCCGUCUGGGUGAAAGUCUGGCCGCCCCCAGUCCACGGAGCUGUCGCACCCCCGAGGCCUUCCUGGAUCCCAGCGCAGCCUCGCUGGUCAACCUGGACAUCCUGAUCCCUGCUAACCCUCCAGCCAAGACCAAGAACCCCUUCCUGUCAGGACUGAGUGCACCCUCGGCCACCAACCCAUUCCAAAGUGAACAGCCCCGCCUGACCCUGAAUCAGAUGCGUCCCAGCUCCACGUCCCCCGUGCCUCCAGCCAGCUCCCUCCCGUACAGCGCCUCCUUGCCCCUGCCCGCCAGCCACCAGCCUUCCAGUCUGCCCUCCUCCCUCACCCACCCCACCCAGCCCGGCCAGGACAUGCCUGGGAACCUGCCCCAGCCCCUUCUACCCCUCUUCCAAGCGACAACUCUGAACCAGCAGGCUGACCAGCACAGUCAGAACCCCUUCCUAUGAGGUUCAAAUGGAAUGGACCCAAACUCGGAGGGAGAGCGGAGAAACAGUUGCAUUCUUGAACCUAACCUCAGACUCAACUGGAACUCUGAACUGAAAUCAUUUGGUUUAGUUUUUUUUUAUACAGGCCAUGAUACUGUAACCCUUAGAUUGCUGCCUGCUGAACUGUUCUCUCUGUGAUCACACCCUGUCUUGUUCCUUCUGUGUAGGAAGGAGUGACAGAGGAAGGCAUUUAGGCUCUUGUGU